UCGUUCGCAUAGCUCCAUGUCUUUCACGGUCUUGAACGUGUUUACAUGACAUCCUUGAUCUCUUGUUAGAGAAGUGUGGCUUAAUUAGCAAUGAAACUCCUAAGUCAGAAACACCACCCUAACGGCUUGAAAAUCUUGAUUGCAGCAAAGUUAUGUGGCCAUGAGGUUGAUGUUGGUGAAGCGAGAUCUGGUGCUGUGUUGGAGGUGCAGGAGGGGAACACUGUGUUCACCUUGCAAGCGAACAGUGCUGUCCUUCACCUUUUCUGGCGAGUCAAAGACCCUCUCAUUCAGAAUCUAGCAUCUGUGGACUCAGAGGAAUGGUUGCAGUGGGAGGCAACUGAUCUGCAGCCAGUUCUUGUGCCUUAUCUUGCCUCAGUAGCUGCAGGACGUGAAGACAAGACCCUGCGGAAUACUCUAAGCCAAGUGUUAGGCAGUCUCAACUCUGCCAGCUUUUUAAACAAUAAGAAAAUAAGUGCAGCCUCAGUGGUGGUCUUUUCUUCUUUAUUACCCCUGGUACAUGAGUCAGUCAGCCAGAGCCUUCUCAAGGAAAAUAACCCAGCCCUGGUGACUUAUCUGUCAUCUCUGCAGGAGCAAAUGCACAUAAAAGAAUGUAUCAAGCAGUGGUGUGGGGAAGGAUCAGUUUUAAAAACUUGGGUUCCAAAUGCAAGUGUACCACUGAGUCCCUCUCAUUCAACACUAGGAUUAUUGAAAUGCCAAGCUGCCAUGUCUCCGGGAACUGCUGCGUCAGCAGCAGCUGAACAGGUAAAGCCAGCUAAAGCUACAAUAACUACAGAGCAGUUAACAGAAGCAAAAUCUGCUUGGGCAAAACCCCCGAAAUUAUCAAGUGUAAAGAUGUCUAGAGAAGGCCCAGUGGUGCCAGUAGAUGGAGAACAUAAUAUUCUCAUCACAUCAGCUCUGCCUUACGUUAACAAUGUACCUCAUCUGGGGAACAUCAUUGGAUGUGUUCUCUCAGCUGACUGUUUUGCCAGAUUUUGUCGCUUAAGAGGGGACAAUGUUCUUUAUAUUUGUGGUACUGAUGAAUAUGGCACGGCUACCGAGACGAAGGCUUUGGCUGAAGGGUUGACUCCUCAGCAGAUUUGCGACAAGUAUCAUGCCAUCCACAGCAAGGUUUACCAGUGGUUCAAUAUUAGUUUUGACUAUUUUGGCAGGACUACCACUGAACACCAGACCAAGAUUUGUCAAGAUAUAUUUUGGAGCUUGGAAAAGAAUGGAAAGAUAUGCAAAGAUUCAGUUGAUCAGUUGUACUGUAGUAAGUGUGACCGUUUCUUGGCAGACAGAUUUGUUGAGGGAGUUUGUCCCCACCCUGGCUGUGGCUAUGAAGAUGCAAGAGGUGAUCAAUGUGAUGCUUGUGGUAAGUUGAUCAAUGCCAUUGAACUCAUCAAACCAAGAUGUAAACUUUGUUCUACAUCCCCUGAAGUUAGGUCCUCUAACCAUCUCUUCCUGGACUUACCAAAGAUUGAGAAGAGUUUAUCAGAAUGGCUUAGGAAAUCUUCAAAACAGUGGACAAAUAAUGCCAAAGUGAUUUGUGACACCUGGAUAAGGGAUGGACUGAAAACUAGGUGCAUUACAAGGGACUUGAAAUGGGGAACACCUGUUCCUUUGGAUGGAUUCAGAGACAAAGUCUUUUAUGUUUGGUUUGAUGCACCUAUUGGUUAUGUUAGUAUUACAGCCAGUUAUACUAAUGAAUGGGAGAAAUGGUGGAAGAAUCCUUCCCAAGUCAAGUAUUAUGAGUUCAUGGCCAAGGAUAAUGUUCCAUUCCAUAGUGUAGUAUUUCCCUCCACUCAACUUGGAACAGGGGAAAACUGGACUAUGGUUGAUUUUCUUGUUGCAACUGAAUAUUUGAAUUAUGAAGACGGAAAGUUCUCUAAAAGCCGAGGAGUUGGAGUGUUUGGUGACCAGGUCAUUGAAACUGGCAUUCCUAGUGAUGUGUGGAGAUUCUAUCUGCUGUACUUACGGCCAGAAGCACAAGAUACAGCUUUUUCAUGGGUAGAUCUUCAGACAAAGAACAAUAGUGAAUUGCUGAAUAACUUUGGCAACUUCAUCCAUAGAGCUUUGUCCUUUGUGUUCAAGUUCUUUGAAGCAGCCAUCCCUGAAGCCAAACCGGAUGAGUCAGAUUUUAUGUUGAUGGCAGCAGUAAAUCAGGAACUUAAGCAUUACACAACAGCCUUAGCCAAUAAUAGGCAGCGUGAUGGUCUUCGGGCUAUCCUGUCCAUCACAAAGAUUGGAAACCAGUAUAUUCAGGAACAUGAACCCUACAAACUGAUUAAACCCAAUCGAACAGAAGAAGAGAAGGAACGCGGGGCAUCUGUCAUAGCCAUUGCUGCCAACUUAGUCUGCUUGGUGUCUAUAAUUGCAGAUCCUUACAUACCAGAAAUAGCCAAGAGCAUUUAUGGUUUUUUGAACCUCUCAUCACAACAGACUCGCCUUCCUGCUCACUUCUGUUGUUUGUUGCCAGCUGGUCACAAAAUACAGGAGCCAAAACCCCUUAUCACCCAAAUUGAUGAUGACACAGUGAGCAAGCUUAAGAAGCAGUUUGCAGGUAAAGCCCCACCAGAAAAGAAGGCAGCAGAUCCAGCAGAGAUUGCAAAACUUGAAGUACAGGUUACAGAGCAGGGUGCCAAAGUUCGCAGGCUGAAAGAGAGUGGCACAGCCACUAAAGAUGAAAUUUCGGCUGAAGUUAUGACAUUGCUUAGCCUCAAAGGUCAGUUGGCAGCUGUGCAAGGAGUAGAUCUGGCUGCAAGAGGGAAAGAAAAAAAAAAGAAGAAGGAAGGAGGAGCAGGGAAGGAGCAGGCCAAGAUGCCUCCAGCCUCUUCUGCAAUUGCUCCACCUGCCAUUAUAAAUCCAGCGGAAAUAGAACGGAUACAGGGCCUAGUGACACAAAAGGGUGAUCAGGUGAGGGCGCUGAAAGGAUCAGGUACAGCCUCCAAGGAAGAGAUUGCGGCAGAGGUGGCAACUCUCUUGAAGCUUAAGCAAGAGCUGGCGAUGGCGCAGGGCAUUGACCCUGCCACACUCAAUGCAAAGGAUAAGAAAAAGAAGAAAUGAUAAAAUCACGAGAAGAAAAAAAACAGCUGCCUUCCUGAAGCGAGUUCCUCCUUGAGCGGACGCAGGUGUGUGCUCUGCUUUCUAUUUUUACACUUCUGGGAUGGAAGUAAGCAUCUGCCCUUGAAGGCAGCCGCUGCAGAAAAGGAUACGUCUUCUCAGACAGAAAUGGAGAGUGAGACGGCAGACAGACAACACAUGGGUCCAGCUCAUCACUACUCCGCCCUUGGCACCCGAGGAAACGGGCUAUCAUGGGGGUUUUAUAUUUACCUUCCUCAAUAAAUCCACAAGUCAA